AAAUUUUAAACAUAUGAAGUGAGACACUUGGAAUCCGCUCGGCGCAGUCGCUCAGGCGUUUUUAUCGUUGUCUUUUAUGAAAAAAUGUAUUAGUUCGCGUGCUGAUUUUGUGUUUGUCGGGUGACUUUCAAAAAUAAAAAUGACAGAAGAGUCGGCUGUUAAAGUGUGUGUUCGAGUCCGUCCUCUUAUUGCGAGGGAAGAAAGUGCUGCAGCGGAGAAUACAGAGCCUGUCCAGCUGUUUUGGAAAGCUGAUAAGAGAUCGAUACAUCUGAUCGAUGAUGGGACUUCCACCAAGAACUUCAGUUUCGACCGAGUGUUCACUGCUGAGGAAACGACCAGUCAGCUGUAUCAGGACAUUGCAAAGCCUCUGGUUGUGUCCUCUGUUGAAGGAUACAAUGGAACCAUUUUUGCUUACGGGCAGACUUCUUCUGGAAAGACGUUCACCAUGAUGGGGGGUGAUCACAUUCCUGGAGUGAUACCACUGGCUGUGGAAGAUGUUUUCCAAACAAUUAAAAAUUGUCCAAAGAAGGAGUUUCUUCUCAGGGUUUCUUACAUGGAAAUCUACAACGAAACUGUGACCGAUCUGCUCGUCGACAGCUGGAAGAGAAAACCCCUGGAAGUUCGAGAGACAAUCAAUAAAAACAUCUAUGUGGCUGACCUGACCGAGGAACUGGUAACAUCUCCUGCACAAGCUCUGGCCUGGAUUCGGAAAGGAGAAAAGAACCGCCACUAUGGAAAGACCAAAAUGAACCAGCGGAGCAGCCGCUCGCACACCAUUUUCCGAAUGAUCCUGGAAAGCAGAGAAAGGAGCGACCCAGCAUCAGGUGAAAACGCUGAUGGAGCCAUUAUUGUGUCUCACCUGAAUUUAGUUGAUCUCGCUGGAUCUGAGAGAGCAAGUCAAACAGGGGCUGAAGGCACACGAUUCAAAGAAGGCUGCAAUAUCAAUCGUAGCCUGUUCACACUCGGCCAAGUGAUCAAGAAACUGACUGAUGAAGGCCAGAAGGGUUUCACCAACUACAGAGACAGUAAGCUCACUCGCAUCCUGCAGAACUCCUUGGGUGGCAACGCUAAAACAGUAAUCAUCUGCACCAUCACUCCUGUCACUCUAGAUGAGACCCUCAGCACUCUGCAGUUUGCCAGUACUGCAAAGAAAAUGAAGAACGACCCUCACGUGACAGAGGUGUCUGACGACGGGGCUCUGCUCAAAAGGUAUCGAAAUGAAAUCGUAGACCUCAAGCGACGGCUUCACGAGGUUUCUUCAGUCACGCAGACCACAGCGACGGAGAAGGAGGUUCUUUCCCAGCUGCUUCAAGAAAAAGAUCAGCUCCAGCGAGAACAGGAGGACAGGAUCAGAAACCUGACCAAACUGCUCGUCACCAGCUCCAACCCGGUUCCUGUUCAAAAGAUGCCCAAACGUAGGGUUACGUGGGGAGGAAAGAUGCUCAGACUCGCCCGUCCGUCUGCCUGUGGUGGUGGUUCAUCUGACCUCAGCUUUGCAGAACCUUUGACUCGAAAGAGGAAGGCAGACCGCUCCUGUCUGAUGGAGCUCGGUGAAGAUGAUGAGGACUUUGACUCUCACUGGGAGAUUCCUGAUGAGCCAUCGGAUGAAAUGGACAUGAGCCAGAGCUCCGUGACUGUUCGAAGCUUUGAAGACAGUCCCAAAGACUAUCUGUAUCCAGAUCGGAUGCGUGAGCUUUCAGGGAAAGUUUCCACUCUUGAGCUGCAGCUGGAAAUGGAGAGUAAACAGAAAGAGGAGGCCAUGACAAAAGUGGAAACAUUAGAUGGCAGAAUGGCAGAGCUGGAAGUGCAGCUGCAAAUGGAGGCCCAGCAGAAACAGGAGGCCUUGGAGAAAAUACAGACGGCAGAGCAGAAGGCAGCUGAGCUGCAGCUGCAGCUGCAAACAGAAGCCCAGCAGAAACAGGAGGCCACAGAAAAGGGGGACAUGCUGGAGAUCCGAAUUGCAGACCUGGAGAGACAGCUGGAGGAGCAGGGCCACACUCAGAACAAAGCCGAUGAACAGAUGAGAAGAGAGUUUGCAGAGACCAUCCAGCUGUGUGAAACUCUGGCUGCAGAGAAGGACAUGGUGGUUGGCGAGCGAGACUACCUGAAGCAGGAGCUGGGCAUGUUCAUCGAGCAGAUCUCAAGUCUGGAGAAAGAGAACGCUGCUCUGUCGCAGGAGCUGGACGAGAAGAGGGAGACGGACGAGUUCAAGUCUCUGGAGGAGGAGUUCAGGAAGGAGCACGAGAACGAGUUGCAAAAUGAAAUAUCAAGCCUGAAGAAGGCUGUCGAGUCCUCUGAGCUCCAGCACCUGGAGCUUCAGAACAAACUAGAAACCCUGUCUGAGGAGCUGAAGAAGAAAAGUGAUUUUGCAGAGGAGCUUCAGAAUAUGAGCGGUAAGGACUUGGUGCAAGAGGUGGCGAAGCUUCGUCGCUCUCUGGAUGAUGCUGAGGGGCUCAGCAGAGACACCAAGAAGGACUGGGCUGUGCUGCGCAGUCAGAACAUCACGCUGGAAGAGAAAGUCGUGACUCUGACUGCCAGCCAUGAGAAGAUGGACGCUGAGGUGAACAGCCUGCGUUUUCAGCUCGAGACGGAGAAGUCGCGCUAUAAAAAGAUGCAGAGCGAUCUGCAAAAGGAGCUGAACGUUGUGUUCGAUGAGAACACCAAGCUCACAACUCUGCUGGAUGGGAAAGUCCCAAAAAACCUGAUAGACGGCGUGGAGCUCGAGAGAACAGUGGCUAACCUGAACAAGGAGCUGACGGCAUCUCGUGAAGCAGAAGGAGCCCUCAGAGCCCAGCUGGAGGAACUGGCUUCAUUCCAGGCUCUUCCAGAAAAGGUGGACGACUUGAUGAAGCAGGUGUGCGAGCUGACGGAGGAGCUGAGUGCAGUGCAGACUCACCGCGACAGCCUGCUCUCAGUCCAAGCUCAGUGUCAGGAGGAGGCUCAGCAGCUCAGAGACUCUCUGCAGGCGGCCCAGGACCACAAUCUGAAAGUCCAAGCAGACCUCAGUGCCGCUGAGCUGAGGGAGGCGCAGCUGAACCAGCAGUGUGCUGAUGUAACGCAGCAGCUGGAUUCGGUUCGCUCAGACCUGCAGCUCUCCGAUGCUGAGAAGAGUCAGCUCAUGGCUACCAAUGAGGAGACAGGCCUGAAGCUGGAGGAGAGUGAACGACACAGAUCAUCACUGGAGGAAAAAGUGAAGGAGAUGCUGCAGCUGAUGAGGGAUUUGGAGGAGAAGCUUGCUGACAGUGAAACCUCCAGAGCUACAGAGGAGGAGAUCAGCAAAGAACUUCAAGAACAACUCAAUCAGCUGACUGAAGAGCUCGUGUGUGUGCGCGCUCAGAAAGAGCAGGAAGCUGACGCUCAGAGCUCUGCAGAGGAGAUGGAGAAGCUGCUCUCCACAGUUUCGGCUAUCACUGCAGAGAGAGACCAGCUCAGGAUGGACCUGCAGGAAAAUGUGCAGAUGGCUGCAGAGACACAAGCUCUUCUACAGUCUCUUCAGGAUGACCUCCAACAGCAGAGGCAGAAGAACUCGGAGCUGCUGAAACUCCACGAGCAGAAGGACUCUGAUCUGCAGAGCCAGACGCAGGAGCUUCAGUGUGCGCGACAGGAGAAGGAGGCUCUCCAGAUGGCCGAUGUUCAGAGCUCUGCAGAGGAGAUGGAGAAGCUGCUCUCUGCUGUGGCCUCUCUCACUGCAGAGAGAGACCAGCUCAAGAUGGAUCUGCACGAAAAUGUGGAGAUGAUGAUUGAGAAUCAGGAGGAACUGAGGACGACCCUGGACAAGAAUCGUGAACAGAAGGAGCGAAUCAAACAGCUGGAGGCUGCACAAACAUCCAAAGCGGAUUGUCCUCCCAGUGAGACGAGUCCACAGCCAGAGGAGCUGCAAACGCAUAUGAAGUCUCUGUCCGAGGAGCUCGAGAGAGUGCGAGCAGAGCGAGACGGCCUGCUGUCCGACAGGAAGGCCGACGCUCAGACACACGGCGAGCAGGUGGAGAAGCUGCUGUCCAGGGUGACGUCACUCGGCGAGGAGAGAGACGAGCUGCUGGAGACGCUGGAGGCGCUGAGGCAGGAGAAGCAGCAGCUCCGAGCCGAGCUGGAGGACAGGAUGGAGAUGGUUGCACAAGCCCAUGUUGGGUUUAACCAGCCAGAGGUGCUGCAUUCAGAGCUUCAAGCACAUGAUGCAACUGUCCAACUUCAGCAAGAGAUAGAGCAACUACAGGCCAGCCUCCAGGCUGUCAGUGAGCAGAAGAGCAAGCUGGAAGAUGAUCUGCAACAUAAUAUGGAGAUGGCUACAGAGACUCAAAACCUUCUACACUCACUUGAGCAGCAGCUCCAAGACCAGAAUCAAAGAAACAUUGACCUGGAAAGACUGAGUGCAGAGAGGCAAGCUCAGCUGGAACAACAGAUUGCAGAGACUCAGUGUCUUCUGCAUUCUCUUCAAGAGGAGCUCCAAGAGCAGAAGCAAAGGAGUUCAGACCAUAUGAAACUCUGCGAGCAGAAGGAAUCUGACUUAGAGCAACAGAAGAAGACUUUAACCGAGCAGCUUGAGAGUGUGCGAGCAGAGAGGGAUGCCCUGCUGUGUGAGGAGGAGGCCAGCGGUCAGACCUCCACAGAGGAGGUGGAGAAGCUGCUGUCCAGGGUGACGUCUCUCAGCGAGGAGAGAGACGAGCUGCUGGAGACGCUGGAGGCGCUGAGGCAGGAGAAGCAGCAGCUCAGAGCCCAGCUGGAGGACAGGAUGGAGACACUACAGGCUGAGAUGUGGACUCUCACUGAGAAACUCCAGAGUGCUGAAGCAGAAAGAGACAAACUGCUGUGUGAGAAGGAGGCCAGCGGUCAGACCUCCACGGAGGAGGCGGAGAAGCUGCUGUCCAGGGUGACGUCUCUCGGCCAGGAGAGAGACGAGCUGCAGGAGGCGCUGGAGGCGCUGAGGCAGGAGAAGCAGCAGCUCAGAGCGCAGCUGGAGGACAGGAUGGAGAUGAUCUCAGCCAUCCAGCAAAAGGCGAGCGAGCAGGAGAAGCUGAAUGUGCAGCAGCAGGCUGAGAGAGAAGAGCAAGAGACCAAGCUGCAACAGGAAAUGCAGCAGCUCGAACAGCAGCUUCAAACGUACAGAGAGAAGCAAACUCGUGCUGAGGCUGAAGCCGAAACCUCACAGCAGUUGCUCAGUGAUGCCAACACAUCCAUUUCAGCACUGCGAGAGCAGCUCAGCAGUUUGAGUCAAAGCACCAGUGGAGUCAAAGGGGUGGCGUCGUCACGGCUGCAGGACUCAACUGGGCAGCUUCAGGAGGGCCUCAGAAAAUUCCAGCAGUUUGUAGACACUUGUUCCAAGUACAAGUCAUCAGUUCUGGACAAGGCCCUAAAGGGGGAGAAGCACACGUAUCUGACCUCUCUGCCUAAAGCCACCAUGAACGCCUACAGCUCUGUCUGUCAGCUGGGACUGCAGACUGUUCAGAGUCUGGGCAACAUCGUGGAGCACCUACAGGUGCAAGCACAGGUCUACAGGAAUCUGUUUGGGGAGCUGGUGAAGAAAGACUUGGCUGUUUUUGAGGAGAGGCGUCUGCAGGACGUCCUGCUGUGCAGAGCUCAGGCAUCCAGCUACUCUGUGAAAGAUGAGGACUUCCAAACCCUGUGGGAACACAGACUGACUGAACUGCUGGACAAGAGGCAGCUCUACCUGCAGAAAAUGGUCAGCAUCUCGGAGAAGCUCUGGGCCAACAUGGCUCAUUUCCCCAGCGAGCUGUCGGCCGAGGUCGGAGAGAGGGAGAAGUUCAAGGAGCAGCUGCAGGCUGCGUUCACCACCCAGCCCAUCAAUUUCACGAGGCUGGACGGCAUCCUGAGCCGCGAGCUGGAGCGCAGAUCCGCAGUGAUACGCAGCUGGAAGACGACUCUGCAGGGCAACACCGAUGACCACAAUGGUCUGUGUCAAGAGCUGAAGCUGCUGGAGGCUCAGGCUGAUUCUCAGCUCAGAGAGGAGAGAAGCAAGAGUUCCACCCUGCUGCGAGGGCUGGAGGGAGCUCCCGUGAAGAAAGAGCUCUCGCUGCUGAAGGACAACCAGCAGCUUGUUCUCAAGCUCCAGCAGAGUGAAGAACAAGUCAGAGCUCUGCGUGCACAAAACGGGCAGCUGGAGGAGGCUCAGAUCAAAGCCAACAGCAGGGUGUCCAACCAGAAGCAGGCCACCCAGCUCCUGCAGACCGAGCUGCAGGACAGCCGAGCGCAGGUCCAGGAGAGAGAAGAUACGAUCCAAACCCUCAGGAGCAAACUGCGAGAGUCUGAGAAAAAUGCGUCACCCAGCACUGUUGAGCUGGAAAAACUCCGGACUAAACUGUUCAAAGUGGAGGUGGAGUUGAGCUCAGCAUCUGAUAAACACCAACAGGAGAUCCAGAGGAUGACCACACUGCUGAACGAAAAGGAGGAGUCGCUAAGGAAGCUGAAGGAGACCUUGAGGAAGUCGCAGCAGCACGGCGAGGAGUCAUUCCUGCAGGGUGAGGACCUUCAUGCCAGACUGACCAACCCCAGAGGUUUACUGAUCAAGAGCAGCGUUGUGCUGGAGAAGACCAAACUGGAGGAGGAAGUCCAACAGCUUCAGAUGAAAAUAAUCGAGUUGGAAAGCUUGGUGUCCAGUCAGCAGGCCGAGAUCAGCAAGUGGAAGAACAGAGCCAUCAAGCUGAAGGUGAAGAACAAGGCCGAGGUGGACAAGCCUUCGUCGCCCUGCACUCCGACCAAAAGGGGCCUUCCCAUGACCUCAGACUCCUCCAACUUCCUUAACUCACCCAAGAAGUUCGUGGUUACACCCAAGAAGGCCCUGGGCUCCCCCAGAAAGCUGCAGGACUCUCCAAAGGUCUCGUUGCUCGACUCCCCAAAAAGCAGAUUCUUUGAUAUGGGUGGAACCUCAGAGAUGCUGUCCAGAACCUGUCCCAAGCAGUUCUUUGAUAACUCCAGUCUCGGAACCAUUCCAGAGGUGUCCCAUGUUCCUGAUACACCAGAUGCAGAGAAGGAUGCAGCAGUGGGUGCGGACAGAAAGGACGAGUGGUGGCCUCAGUCUCCAAAGCAAGACGAGAUGUGUAAAACCCAGUGAAACGUCCCACACGUGCAAUAUCUUUAACCGUCUUUGUCUUUUUAGUGUUUUAUAGUUUAAAUAAAGCUUCUCUUCUCUCUUA